AUGGUAAACCCUGUCAACUCAGAGACUGUAGUACUUACAGACCUGCAGAUCAUUAAGUUUCUACUGGUGGAGCGGGAGACACACACUCAGUGGAGUGACGGAAGAAGAGCCUCGGGCGAGUGGCCAGUCCCCACCCCAGUUGGGAAGGUGCACCAGUGUCCCCACUGUGCUUACUCCACCACCGACUCCUUUAAGCUCAGGCGACACACACUCAAACACACUGGCGAGAGGCCUUUUUCAUGUCCAUACUGCUCUUAUGGCACAACACGUAAGGAGCUCCUGAAGGAGCACAUAAACCUACAUACAGGAGAGAAGCCCUACAACUGCUCCUUCUGCCCCUACAGUGCAUCUCAGAGGAGCUCCCUCAAUGUGCACUUGCGUAGACACACAGGUGAACGCCCAUACACCUGCACACACUGCCCUUACCAGUCAGCACAUAAGGUCUCCCUCAAGAACCACAUGCUUGAUCUUUGCUGCCCACUCAGCAUCCAUGUAGGUGACAUUGGGGAGGAAUACUAUUUGAGGUCACUGGUCCCACCAUCAUCUCUUGCAGAUUAA